AACAGUUGGCAGUGUUUGCUUCCUGACUCCUAGCAGGCCUCUGGGGCGCAGCUAUUGUGUUUAAGUAAACAGGCCACUCGCCUAUUCAGCUUGGCAGCUUGGUAGAUGCCUACGCCUAGAUCUUGUCAAAUCAGUUUGUGGUUGAGCGGCUGCCAGGCCUAGAGGUGGUGAAAUGAACUGAGCAGGGAUAAUGAUGGCUGCUGCUAGGAGCCUUCCUGGACUGAGGGCAGCGGGCAGAGUUCAGGACCCGAGGUGUGAAUAUAAAGGCACAGUUGGCCCAGAUCCCCAGACACCUGUUUCCCCAACCGUCCCAUCCCUGUGUGAUGGCUGCUGGGGAGAGCUGGCGUUCCCUCCGUGUAACAGAUGGUCCCUGUGCUCGGGAGGAGGCAGUGGGUUAUGAAAGCAGGUUGGAUAUAAUGGUUUUACCUGAAGGAGGUGUUAGUCUCUAAAUAACCAUGAGUGGGCUCCUAGGAAUUAGUCAUAAUUGAGGUUUUUCUCUGAGAUAGCUCACAGUCAUGUUAUCUUAUGACCAGGGUGUCUUGAAUAUGACACCCCCUGAACAUGGAUAAUUAUAUAGAACCAAAAGGUAUAGAAAGUGCAUGCACAUACUCAAGUUUUACUGUUAAAAAUAAUCCCACAGAGAGCCUGUGAGAACACAUGACUCUCCUCAUCAAAGUUGUUAAGGAAGAGGUUUCUAAGUUACCAAACUCACUGACAGCUAAACCUUCCUGAGGCAUGUGUGGGUGUUGGAAGCCAAGCCUGUGAUAAUUCUGUAGAAGCUGUGGCAAAUUAAUAGCCAUUCCACAAGUGGGGAGGGUGGGCCGAGAGGGGCGUGGGUUUGCCUGUGGAGCUUAUCUUUGGCAGAACAGUUGGACAGUUAUGACCUUCUCCUGCCAUCCUGAGUGAAAGUGCAGAGCUGCUAAUUGCCAGAGAAAGACUUGAGAAUGAGACUAAAGGGGGAAAAACACAUUCUUCACAGUUGAUCAGAAAAUAGAUGAAAUUAACAAGGAGAUGGGCAGUCUUUUUUGAUGCCAAAACUUUGCUAAGGAGAAGGCUCCUGAGCUACUAGCAGCCAGACUGGGUGUGAAAGACGAGGGAGAAGUGGAAAAUGGGGAGUGGAGAGAGACUCAGGCUGUGAGUAGAAUGCAGCCGACAUAGAGGCCUUUAAAAGAGGGUAGCUUUGUCCCAGAUUUUGAAUUGAGCAGGACAUCAGGAAGAUACAGGGAUACUGUGUUUUGUUUGGUCCUGGUUUGAGAGGAGAGGAAGCAGAUACUCCCUAAAAUUAGGCAGCAGUGGUUACAUGCACGGAAUGGUAAGGUUAGAAUACAUACCCUGAGAGGCUCAGAUUACGUUGAAGAUUUUGUGAUGAAAGGAAUGAAUUUGCAGGAAGUAAUCAUUCUACGGGAAGUGAAUUUGAGGGGUCUUGAGAAGCAAUGGCCACAGAAGCCCCUGUGAAUAUAGCACCACCUGAGUGUAGCACUGUUGUCAGCACAGCAGUUGACAACCUCAUUUGGCAGCCAAACUCACUAAAUAUGCACAUGAUAAGGCCCAAGUCCGCCAAGGGACGGACAAGACCAAGUCUGCAAAAAUCCCAGGGCGCAGAGGUGUGCGCUCAUCAUAUACCAUCUCCGCCUCCAGCCAUUCCCUAUGAGUCGCCAAGCAGCCAAAAACCAGGAGCCUGUGCACCCAAAUCUCCAAACCAGGGAGCUUCUGAUGAGAUCCCUGAGCUGCUGCAGCAAGUUCCCAUUGGAGCUUCCUCUUCUCUCAAUAAGUAUCCAGUCCUUCCUUCUAUCAACAGAAAGAACCCGGAGGAGGAGGCUGUGGAAAGCGUCGCCAAAAAGGCCAGCUCACUGCAACUGAGCAGUAUCCAGGCUCUUUACCAAGAGGAGACCUGCAGCAUGAAGACAAGUGAACAAGAUUCCAGAGCUCAAGCUUUUGCCAUGGAGAGGAAAUUCAUCAUCCGAACCAAGAAACAGGGCUCUUCCAGGGCUGGAAACCUGGAGGAACCAUCGGACCAAGAACCAAGGUUGCUGCUUGCUGUCAGAUCACCAACAGGCCAAAGGUUUGUACGCCAUUUCCGGCCAACUGAUGAUUUGCAAACCAUUGUUGCUGUGGCGGAACAGAAAAACAAAACCUCCUACCAACACUGCAGCAUUGAAACAAUGGAGGUGCCCAGGAGGCGAUUUUCUGACCUCACCAAAUCUCUACAAGAGUGCCGAAUCCCCCACAAGUCUGUGCUGGGCAUCUCACUGGAAGAUGGGGAAAGCUGGCCACCCAGCUGAGGUCCUGGGUCUCUGAGCAAAGGAGCAUGCUUGGGCGUCGUGGCCUCCCAGACAGCCUGUUUCGAGUGCCAUGUGGACCUGGUGCAACUGGGAAGCGUGGGACUCUCGUGUCCACUGCAUGUCCUCUGAAGCAGUGAAAUCUGUGCCUGCGCCAAGUGCGCUGAGAAGGCUCCCUUCCAGCUGUUCCAUUCUCUCCGCCACCAGCAUAACUGGCAAGUUACCAAGGCUGUUCCUGAAACAGUGGUGAUCACGACUUCUCCUUUCCAGAGUUUGGGGUCCUUCUAAACUAAUGGUCCUUUUGGAACACCAGCUUGCCUUUACAGUGAACUCUGAUUCUCUUGACGCCAAUGCUUUCCUUUCUGUAUUUGAUGCAGGAUUAAACACUUCCCAGAGUGGAUUCUAGUCUGGUAAAUAACCAGGGUGUAGGAACUAUCUAACUGGCAUUUGUGUUUCUUGCAAGUAUUUUAAAGAAACAGGCUGUUGACCCCGUCUUUGGAAGUAGCCCUUGGCCAUGCAUGGUUAGUUUCUUAGGGAUUUAUUAUUUGUAUGAGGUGGCAUCGAAGGGAAGAAUGGGUUUUCUUCCCCCAAAACAUCAGCUUUUCUAAAAUAGUUCUAGAGCUUGAAAGUAAGUUGCUUCCGUGAGCAUGGAUUACCCAGUAGCUACUUUUAAAUAGAGACUGACUAGGUUUACAACUUCUGGUAGCUACUUUGUGGGCUGAAAUCUUCCAAAACAGAAAAAGCCAGUGCAAUCUGAUUUCUUUUGCUUUUGUCAGUAAUGGAAUCUUUUGUUUUUAAAAUGUGCAAGCCUCUAAGUCUAAACGGGUUUGUACUGACAACUUCCUUGGCUUAUCUGGGGUUGGAGCAGUUGUUUUAUUCCCCAGUUUCAGUGUGUUGCCCACUUCAAACAUGGAGUGUCCUUUGGAGCUGUGACAGAGGUGCCUGUUCUGACUUAGAACCUCUGGAGGAGGAGGGGGUUGCCUUGGUCUGGUGUUACUCUGCUGUGCCUGUACUGAAAGACCAUGUGCCCCAAGCAUCUGGUUGGCCGUCAUGAAGUACAUCAGCCUGUCUUAGCCUGAGCUGCUUUGAAGACCAUGGAGUCUUGUGUUUCCAACUUUGAAGUGAUGAUAUGGACGAUUUGCCAAUGUUCUCUUCUACUGCAAGUUCAGCCGGACUCCAUGACUCAUCUGAUCCCUUUUAUGGCCAAAUCAUCCUUCAGAGUAGGGAACACUCAGACGUUCUGGGCAUGUUGUUCCCCCAGAGCUUGGUCAUCACGAAGCCCUGAGUUCUGGUGUGUGCCCCCGCCUCCUGGGUAUACAGAGAGAAGGCAGGAAUCAGGAGUUCCAGAAGCAUAUAAAUAUGGCUACCCCAGCAACAAGCGCAUCCUGUGCUCAGAUAAGGUGCAUGGUUGGGAGUGUUUUUGUUGCAUACUGAGGCUUAGCAGUGGAGAUGGGCACCACUGCCAUUUGCUCAGAAGAAAGUGGCUGGCCUUGUCCUAACUGUAUCCCACACCACCCAGAUCACUCUAGAAUAGGUUAUCUCUGAACGUUUUACAGAAUUUCUUAAUACCAUCCUGGUUUGGUCAGCCAUUCCUUUGACUGGAAAGGUCAGCUGGGGCCAGUGGUGCCUCGGGCAGGCCCACACAACUGGCCACCUCUUCCCGUUAAUGACCACAGCAGAGGGAACUUGAGCCCAGAACCUAAAAGUACAGGAAUUUCACUUCCCACCAGGACUCGGGCAUGUAACUCUACGUCUGAUCUAGGAGGCUGGGGGAAGAGCCUCCCAUAAAAUCACACCUACUCCGUGGUAAGAAUAAAAUGCCACCCACCUGGGACUUGGUAAUUUCUCCAGACAGGAAAGCUUUAGAAAACUUGAGUGAAAUGGAGCAAGCUUGAAGGAGUUAGAAUCUUCUACGCUUAGGAUUUGCUGCUGCUGGUGAGCUUAGAAUUUUGGGGUUGGGAAAAAGUGGAAGGCAUAAGCAUAGAAAUAUUUUAGGAUAUAUGAAUAAAGCUAGACUCAAACCAUCAUAAUAAACUUUUUUUUUUGGACAAAAGAUGAUGUUACUAACAAUAAAAACCAACUUGUGUGAAA